AUGCAACGAAUUGAUCAAGAAUCAGAAAAAGAAGAAAUAUUUGUUUCCAUAUCUGGACCUCGAGUUGUAGAUCCUACAAAAGAAAAUACGUACUUCGUGUACCUGGAAACUUGUAACCAUUCUUUGUUUCGACAUGUACAAUUUAAUAUCAUAUGGAGUGUGAAUACCUCUGAUUUCAAGUUGCCAAUAUUUUGGGGCUCACAACUGACGAUUCCAGAACUCCAAAUGAAAGGAAAUGCCUUCUACAAGAUCACUGUCUCAGUUUUGGGAAAUUAUCCGGGCCUUCUUUCGACUAAUGCAUCUAUAACUGUGAAAACAACAACAGCACCACUUAUGGCAUUUGUUCCAUCCUUAUAUCAAGUUUAUUUCAACCAAACCUUCUGUAUAGAUGGUUCAUUAUCUGCUGAUUUGGGACGACAACAAGGAGAAAUGAAAUUCUUAUGGAUCUGUUCAAAAAACAAUAGUAAUGGAUGUUAUGUUCGUGACAGGGGCGGUGGUGGGUACACUCGGCUAGAACAAUGGCUGCAAGAAACUACAGCGCCAUCUAUAUGUAUUCCGGGUGGAUCAUUAAACCCUGGACUUUACAGUUUCACGCUGAUAGUAUCCAAAGACGUUCGGAAGGACAACCAAACAUGCGUCGUAAAACUUAAGGAAAACCAAGAUGAUACGGAGAUAAUCAUCCAAAGUAUUACUAAACCCAGUCGAAUCAAGGUUUUAAACGGUUUUGUUCGCACCAAUUCCAAAACACGUUUCGCUUGGUCUUUAAUUCCCAAAAAAGGUCCUCCUUAUAUCCUCACUUUUUCGGAGUAUAGAAUGACCAAUUUCUUUGGUUUCACAUCUAUGCCUCUUCACGCUUCCUUUAAAAAUUAUAGAAGACAUGAGCAAACAAAAUGUUUUACUAUUAAGGGCCAGCACGAUUUAUCAGAUAAAGAUCUAUGUGUGGAAGUGUUACAUCGGAGUAUUCCUAAGAUUGGAGUUUUAAAGGUUUCACCAGAAUCUGGUCUUGCUUUCGUUACACAAUUCACACUGGAUGCUACUCAAGGCUGGUGCAUGGAAGCUGAUAAUCAUCCACUUAGUUACAGAUUUGUUUACCGGAUUCCAAACACCCAAGAUAAGAUAACCAUAGCAACAGUGAGAGGUCACAUUCCACGUUUAAAUAACGUGAGAAUGCCUUGUGGACAAAAUACGAAAGAAAUACUGCUAGUUACUGUUUACGUAUGCGAUUGGAAUAAACUUUGUACUGACUUAUCAACUUCAGUAACCAUAGAAUGCCCAGAAAAUAACACAAUUAGUGGAAUAACCGAUGUAACAAAUGAACUUCAAGUAGAAAUGAACAAACGUAACUUUCAACGUAGCUUGGCUCUGGCAAGCAUUAUUAUGAAGACGUUGGAAUGGGGACAUCAUCUUUCCAGUUUGGAUUUGUCAAAAUGGCAACCUUACUUAUUGUGCUCUAAGGCGGUUAUAAUUACACUUGAAUAUUACAGCAGAAGCCUUUUCAGAGUACCGUAUCUUGUAAAGGAAGCGUUUGAUGUUUUGAGAGACGUAAUGAAUAUAUUUCCGAGUGAAGCUAUGCCAGAUAGAAUAAAGGCAGCGUUACAUCGCCUGAUUGUUGUAAUGAUUGAGUUACUAGAAGAAAAACAGUGUCGCAGAAUGUCACCAUUUGUAGAUUUUUGGCAGGUCUGGGCUGGUACCGGUCUCUUACUUCGUCCUGGUGAUACUGACUGCUAUUCUUUAUCAAAAACGGAGAUAAAAAUUCUGCUAAUGGCUUAUGAGUUGCUGAAGAAAGAAAUGGCCUCGCACAAGAGAUAUAACCAGCUAGAAAACACACGAGACAGCAGUGAAGCACUUUUCAAAUUAAUGCUGACCAGUGUGGACAAUGAUUACUCUUCUACAAUGGAGCUGUUAACGGCCACAAAAAACACAUUUAUUUAUGCCACUUACGUUUAUACCUCAGCCUUGAACAAUGACCUUUUCAGUAUUACCAUCAUGAAAGAUGUAAGGCUUGCUUAUUAUGUGAAGACUGGAUUAAAAACUGACAUAAAUUCGUGGCUAUGUGGAAAUGAAGAGACAUGUCACUUUCAUAGAUUUAAUGUUUUUAUAUGCAUCCAUUCACCUUCUACAUUCCUGGAAAAUAGUGACUUAAAGAAGGCAUCACUUGAAUUACCGCUGAGUCAUGUUGUUCAUCUCAUGAUGUGGACUUUUGACAGUAAUUUAGAAAGUGAGCUCAACAAUAAAAGUGUUACAAUAUUGUUACCAAAUAUGGCUAGUAUAGAGGAAGAGGACAAAUUACAGUGUGUAACCUGGAACAAAAACCUUUGGGAAGCAACGCCAUGUCUUAACGUUAAAUUGGUUCAGGGAAGUUUUGAAUGCAAGUGUCACAUAAAGAAAUACAUAGG